AUGUAUCCCUUCUACCAACGCAACUUGAUAAAAUGCUGCCACGUUAAUUGCCAGAAAAACAAGUUGAUAAAUAGUACAAAAUAAAGAAGACAUUUUUACAAAACUCAUUCAUUGUAGAUAUAUAUUAUGAAUUAAGUUUGCAAACACAAAAAUAAAAACGAAAAUGAACUUAAACAUCAAGCCAACUUUGCACGUAGUGAGCAACCUUUUUGCAACCGGACCGCAUAGUGAGUGCAAAACCGAGGAGGGAGAUGCAAAAGUAUCAUCAUUGGUGUUAACACAGAAGAAAAUGAAUCUCUGUUUCAUACCCGGGCAACGUGGCAAAUCCUUGUUGUGUUUCAAUCACUUCACAUACGCCAAAAAUAAUGUGUGUGGAAAUACUACGUAUUGGAAUUGUCGCAGUCGACGUGUUGGCAUGAAGCCAUGCAAUGCGCGCAUCACAACAACGAAACAACCGAAUGAAGGCAGUGUUGCUAUUUAUUCGGCCACAUCACGAGGACGUGUGCAGCUCAUUUACGGCGGCCAACCAUUCAUUUUUGAGAAAAUACUGAAGUUAGCCACUGGUGAGGAAAAGAAAUUUUGGCGUUGCAACCAAUGGUGGAACCAAAAAUGUCGCUCACGUGUCUAUACCAUUAAUGACAUAGUUAUGCCACUGAAUCGCUAUCAUACGCACGAAGAAAUCGUGCGACGCAAAAAGCGUACGCGUAGAAUACCAACGGGUGCCAAUGCACAACCUAAGAAAGAUAAGAAAAUGGCGAUAACGGAAAGUGCGAGCGUUGAUGCGGUGGGCGUCACAACCACGGACCCUAUCGAUGUGUCGGAAUUAGGAAUGCACUUGAAAUAUGAAGAGAUCGUAGCUGAUGUUACAGAAAUUGAAGAGCCUAAUAUAGUUAUAAAAAAAGAUUUAAAAAAAUAAUUGGUAAAAUAUAAACGUAUGUCUCUAUGUAAACAAAUAGUUACUUCAACUUUAACUUAAAAACAAAACAAAAAUUUUAGGAAACUGUAAUGUAUAUUGGGUUUAUACAAUUAUUGCUUUUUUUCUAAAGCUGGAUUAAAAUAGUUUUUUGAAUAAAAUCUACAAUUACUUUAUUCCUUA